AUGUCGUUUUUCCUGAAUUUCAAUACUCAUUCGUUGAGGUCUACUCGAGGCUUCAAGUUGAAGCUGGGCUCGCCCAUCUCCAGUCCACAACCUAUUUCUAGUUCGAAUCUUCCUCCGUUGCCUCUGAAUCAGCUUUUGACUCAUCAGUCGCAGAUCUUUGGUGAGGAUGAUCAGGAGAAUCCUUACCAGACUAUGAACUUGACCUCUGGCCAGAGAGUGCAGCUGGUUACUUCCCACAAAGAUAUCCGCAACUACGCAGAGCAGACUCUAGGGUCCGACAACGCCUUGAUCAACGCAGUCAAACUCCCAAAGGACGAAGACAUUAACGAGUGGUUGGCCGUUCAUGUCGUUGACUUCUACAACCAAAUCAAUAUGCUCUACGGUACAAUCACCGAGUUCUGUUCUCCUCAAACCUGUCCACGAAUGAUCGCUACCGAGGAGUACGAGUACUUAUGGCAGGAGACCAAUGCUUCUCCCAACGGGUCGAUAUCUCCCAGAAAGCCAGUCUCUUUACCUGCUUGUCAGUAUGUGGAGAAUUUGAUGAAUUGGAUCCAGAACUUUUUCGAUAAUGAUAACAUCUUUCCUUCAAAGAUUGGUGCUCCUUUCCCGCUGCAGUUCCCUAACUUGAUCAAGACCAUCUUCAAGAGGCUCUUAAGAGUAUAUGCUCACAUCUACUGCCACCACUUCCAUGAGAUUUCGGAGUUGGGUUUGCAGAGUCACCUCAACACAAGUUUGAAACAUUAUGUGCUCUUUAGUAAGGAAUUCGACUUGAUCAGCAAAAAGGACUAUGGACCUUUGGAGGACUUGAUUCUGACAAUGUUGAAAGAUUAG